AGCAUCUCUUAGCGAACAUGGCGGCAACUUGACAACGGCAGCGAGCUGAGGAUGGUGAGGGCUUGAAAAAGAAAAAAAAAGAGGUCUGUCACAGGCUGUAGGCCCAUCCGCCGACACAAAGGCAUACAGCUUCGCCAUGUUGGAAGAGGAUAGCGCCUUUGUCCCUGCACGACCGAGGCCGGGGGAAACGUAAACGCGUCGGGAAGUGUUUCUAAAAACGGAGUCGAGGCUACGCAGAGGAGCGGAGCGGCGCGGCGCGGAGGAGAGCUCGGGGCGGGCGGGCGGGAGGACAGCGGCUUCACCGGUCAGCCAUGGAGGAUGCGGCCCGUGGUCGCCAGCGUUUGAUUUCCCAACCGACCCACGCUCCUUUUAAUGGGAAUUACCGCUGAUAGCAAAGGCAAGCCGGGACAACCCACCGCCCGACACUUGAGGGGAGGAAAACGCGAAGCGGACCCGACGUCAAUGACUGUUGCGGCAGAGGAGCCCCCACGGUGGAGUCGGCCGGUUCCCAAAAUAUGACCAGGGGUGCUGGGACGUGUUGGCAGCAAGAAGAUGACGACGGCUUCCAAAUCUGGCUAGAGCCCCCCCGCGACAACCAAAAGCCAUUCACCGACUCAGAGAGGGCGCAGAGAUGGCGACUGUCCUUGGCAUCCCUCUUGUUCUUAACCAUCCUCCUCUCUGAUCACCUGUGGUUCUGCGCCGAGGCCACGCUGGCCCGGACCCGGGACAAGUUCGCAUCCACCCACCCUUUGUCACCUCAGACAUACUCAGCACACAGCAGCCUCAGAGGAAACCCAGAUGAUAUUUUUAUAGGAAACUCUACCAAACAUUUGUGGCGGCUCGAAACUUGCCACCGGGAUAGUUUAUCUAACGACUGCUUUACUUUCUUGGAUGCCGACGAGUUGUGCAGGGGCCUUUCCGACAGAGAGGGGACGCGGGCUGUAAAUAUGAGCAAUUUGUACCUUUCCUUUUGUAACUCCUACUCCCUGCUGGAUUUGUUGUACGGCUCGACGAGUCCGGACAAUUUGAACUGCAGCCUCGACGCGCUCGGCGACGGCGACGCGAACCGCUGCAGUCUGUGCGUCCAGGCGUACCAGCGCUACGACCAGCACGCCCAGGAGAAAUACGAGGACUUUGAGCUCCUCACUCAAAAAUACGAGCCGGGGGCAUAUUCGGUGAGGACGUGCAUGGAGCAGUGCAAGGCGGCCUAUAAGCCCUGGCUGUGUGCUCAGUAUUUCCCCACCACCCAGCAGUCCUGCCAGAAGAAGGUGCCGUGCCACCAGUACUGCCUGGAGGUCCAGCAGAGCUGUCCGUUCAUCCUGCCCGAUAACGACGACCUGAUCCACGGUGGCAGCCCCAGCUUCAUCUGCACAGGUCUCUUGGGAAACCAUCCAUCAGAUAGUGAGGCGGAGUGCUGCGACGUCCGAUGGGACUCCAAAAUGGACAACCCUUCAGGGGGCACGCUAAAAAGAACUGCUUCUUCCUGCCAGCCCGUGGGGGCUUCGGUCACUUCCGCCGCCACCCCGAGACUGUGCAGCGGGCGACUGAAGAUCUGCCUGCUGGCCCUUGUCCUCCUACACACUGUCAUUAUCAUUUCAGCCUCCCAUAAUUCUUCGUUGGUGGGCGUGGCUGCCAUUUUCUCGCCAGAGGAAAGUGCUUCUAAUGAGGAGUGAACCUUGGGGUUUAAUCAGGGCUGGAGCUUGCGUAGAGCGAUUGUUGACAGGGAGGAAGACGAAGGCUUGUCAUGGCUGCCAGGGACACAGCUGGUGAGAUGUGCUGGAAAUGCCUCCACAAGCCUGCUGCCGAUGAACCGCCAACCACAGGAAGUGGGAAGGUUUUAAUUGGAGCGGAGGGUGCUGGAAUUGGACAUCAACCGGAGAGAGAUGUUUGAGAACCACCACCCCUAAAAGAACUGACCUCUUGCCACUUGAAACCUGCUCAUUGUUUCUAUUCCAUCCAAAUGUUUUCUAGCAUAUUGUCCCCCCCCCCUCCCCCCC